AUGUGUUAUUUUAAUCGUCUAUCAGCUGUUUCACCUGUGUCUGAUGCUGAAAUAGUUAUUGGAGCAUUUUUUUCUUUGCAUCAUCCUCCUACUUCCCAUGGAGGUGGACGAUUACGAGAAUGUGGCGACAUUCGGGAAGAUUAUGGCAUACAUCGUGUAGAAGGAACUUUUUGGAUUCUCGAUCAAAUCAAUGCGAAUCAAUCCAUAUUACCCAAUAUAACAAUAGGGUAUCAAAUUCGUGAUUCAUGCUGGUAUGUACCGGUUGCACUCGAACAAACAAUUGAAUUCAUUGGAAAUUCGGUCUUGAAUUUUGGUGAUUCACCGGUGAGUACGAAUGGUGCAGGUCGAUCGCGAUUAGCAGCUAUUAUUGGACCAGGUGAUAGUUCGAUAACAAUGCAAACGCAUAAUAUUUUGCAAUUAUUUGAAAUGCCACAAAUUGGCUAUUCAGCGACAGCUAAACAAUUGAGUGAUAAGGAAAAAUUUAAAUAUUUUACACGAGUAAUAGCAUCGGAUACGCAACAAGCACAAGCAAUGGUAGAUAUUAUUCGGCAAUUUAAAUGGAGUUAUGUUGCAACAAUUGGCACUGAAGGUGAUUAUGGUCGUGGAGGUGUUGAAGCUAUUCGUCGUUUACUGAAAAAAGAUGCAUGCAUUGGAGCAGAUAUUACAAUGCCCAUUGGUGCAAAUGUAACAGUGGCUACUCAAUUAAUAACACAGCUUGUUACUCGAGCUCCACGUGUUCAAGUACUCGUAUGUUUUUGUCUAGAUCAUUCGGUUCGCGCUAUUUUACAAAGCAUUAAAGAAUUAAAUUAUACUCAACGAUUUAUUAUUCUCGGGAGUGAUGCUUGGGCUGAUCGUUUGAAUGUUAUACCAAACAACACAGAGAACGUAGCAUUAGGUGCUAUUACAAUCAAAGCUCGUUCAUUACGUGUACCUGGUUUCGAACAAUAUUUUCGUCACUUGCAUGUAUAUAAUAAUACACGAAAUGUGUGGUUUCCGGAAUAUUGGCAACAAAAAUUUGGUUGUUCUUACGAUUAUCAUAAUCCUUAUUCUACCCGAUCAUCGAAAUAUUCACGGCAAUGCCAUCCAGAAAAUGAAAGUCUCGCUAGAGUACCCUAUAAUGAAGAUCCAAAACUUGCAUUUGUUAUCAAUUCAAUAUUAGCUGUCGUACAUGGUCUAGAUAAAAUGCAUAAACAAAUUUGUAAUGGUUCAAGUGGUCUAUGUGCAGAAAUGGCUCGUAUGAAUACAUCAUUAUUAAUGCACUUUUUAAAAAGUAGUCGGUUUACAGGCGUAACUGGUAAUAUGAACAAAAACAAAGCAGCAACAUUUGUCAAAGGAAUAUUUUCUUGUAUUCUAGGCGAAGAAGUAUUUUUUGAUGAAAAUGGAGAUGGCCCUGGAAGAUAUGAUAUUCUAAAUCUACAAUCUAAUGUAAAUGAUGUGGAACAUCCGUUACAUUACGUACAAGUAGGAACAUGGAGUACUGGAAAGUUAACUCUGAAUAUAUCAUCAAUGCGUUUUUUCGCCGAUCAACGCUCGUUGGACCAAAUAAAUAUUUCCCGACCUUGUAGUGAUGCUUGUCCAACGGGCCAUAUCAAAAAAUUUACCGACGAGGAACAAUGCUGCUGGAAAUGCCAUCAUUGUGUCGACGCUAUUAUGCUGGAUGAUACAACAUGUUUUACUUGUCCAAGUGGAUUUUUACCUAAUCCUAAUCAAACAGCUUGCGGUUUAUUACCAAUAACAACAAUAAAUUUCCGUCAUCCAUUAUCAAUCAUUAUAUGUUUUGUAGCUGGUAUUGGUAUUCUAAUAAGCUUCUUUGUUGUCUAUAUAUUCGUACGUUUCAAUGCUACGCCGGUUGUUAAAUCCACAACACGUGAAUUGAGUUAUUUGAUUUUAAUGGGAAUAUUAUUUUGUCAUUUGACAGCAUUUGUUAUUUUACAAAAGCCAUCAUUUAUUAUUUGUGUUUUAACACGUCUAUUACCGGGCAUAUCAUUUUCGAUGAUAUACGGUUCAUUGGUUACGAAAACAAAUCGCAUAGCAAGAAUUUUAGCAAGAAGUAAAAAGAAAAUUAUAACAAGACGAUUGAAAUUUAUGAGUGCUAGGCAUCAACUUGCAAUUGCUUGUUUUAUACUUGUUACCGAAGUUACAAUUGUUGCUGUUACUGUUUACAAAGAUCCACCGAAAGCAGUAUUGAUCGAAACUGGCGGACGUUUACUAUUGACAUGUAAAAAAUCACUUCAAGGGAUUGCCGCGCCACUUGGUUUCGAUGGUCUACUGGUCUUUCUAUGUACACUUUAUGCAAUUAAAACAAGAAAUUUGCCAGAAAAUUUUAACGAAGCAAAAUUCAUUGGUUUCUCAAUGUAUACGACCUGUGUUAUAUGGUUAGCAUUUGCUGCUGUAUAUUUCGCUAUUGACAUAAAAGUAUUUUCAUUAUGUGUCGCUACAAAUGCAAGCGCAUAUGUUAUACUAAUAUUUUUAUUUUUUCCGAAGCUCUAUUUAAUUAUAUUUAAACCAGAAAAAAAUCAUCGAAGUGCAUUCGCUACAAACACAGAUAUUCGCUGUCAUUUUGGCUCAUCGACAACAUCGAAAAGCGACAUAUCAUCUUAUCGUUAUAGUGAAGGUUCAUCAUUGUUUCGUCGUUCUGUUUUACAUCGUAUUCGUUUUGGUAAUACAUUACGUUUGAAAGCUGAAUUUGUUAAUUCAGCUGCAUCAUCACUGCGUACGAACGAUCUACUUGGCAGCGAUCGUCGUCCAUCAAGCUCAUUAUCGGCAUAUCCAGAUAAUUGGAUGUAUCAUCAUCAACAUCGACGUUUAUCAGGUUCACCACAAGCACCAUUACCUGCAUAUAGUUCCGAUGAUUUACCAUAUCCUCCACGAAUAUUAAGUCAAAAAACGCUAGACAAUAUCCCUGCAGCAUUAGGCAUUGAUUUACCUAAUGUAUCCAUUACGUCGUUAGAUCCUUCGAAUAAUAAGAGUGAAUUAGAGACAAUGGAAAAACCAAAUGUGACUCAAAAUCAUACAUCCGAUUGCAUUUGCACUACGAAUCAAUCGAACAAUCAUAAAAACGAUAUAAUAGAGUACAUACGUAAAAGCACAAAGAAAAGAAAACGCAUAAAAGCCAACCAUGAUUUAGCAUCAUCGAUGAAAAUAGUUGAUAUUGAAACAGAAUCAUCAACUGAAUCGGCACAUGAACGUAUGGGAACAACGUCAACAACAGCCAGUUUAACAUAUUCUAAACCUGAUUGUACAUGUCAAUUAUUAUGGCAAUUAGAACGCGAUACAGAUAGUAUUGAUAAAUUUAAAUUAUUGUUUAAACGCGAUCAUUUGAAUGUCGAUUGGGAUCAUGUACAAGGCUCUAGUGAAGUUUAA